AACCGGCUUCGGGCAUGAUCGUAGUGGCGAGUGUUUGAACGGUAUCCCUGCUUUCGAUAUCGGGACAGGAACAACGCAUGCAAAUGGACGCUCUACGGUCAUGGUGGGAGAUUCCCAGCAUCGCACAUUUCUGCUCGCUAUUCCGAGCUGCUUUUCAGCUACCAGACUUCGACAUAGAGGACCUUGAAGAUGGUCUCCUUGCUGCUGCAAGUGAGGAAGGCAGUCCCUUUCUUGAGGACCUGUUCUGUCGACUCCUACAAGGUUGUUAUGGCAGGGAUGAUAUUGAACCCUACAACUUUGAAAUCUACCUGAAAGACAUCAUGAAAGGAUUGGCAAUCCAACUGAAGAUACAGAAUCCUCUAGAGGAUAAACAGUUCAGGGAAGUGGGUUUGCGACAGAAAGCGGAGAUUCUGCAGCAUCUGUGUGACUCCAGGCUCGAUUCUCUUGAUGUCAUGGACCAGUUAAAGGGAUUUGAAGGAGAGAACAUGAGAGUUGAGGCCCUUGGUAAAGACAGCUGUGGUGCCACCUACUGGUAUUUCUAUGGCAGUAGAUUAUACAAGGAAGAUGCAGAACCAGUUGUUGAAGAACCAGUCAAGGAACAAAAGGGUAGAAAAAAGAUGAAAGAAAAAGAUAAAAAAGAUAAAAAAGCAAAAGGGAAAGGUAAAAAGCGCGGAAGAAAAAGCACAAAGACGGCUAAAUCUAAAUCGAAGAGGGAAACAAAGCAAGCACAAAGAACAUCUUCUCGUACUUCUACUCGGGUCAGUAGUCGCCUCAGGGCUCUUGAGGAGCAGACUUUUGAGGAGGAUGAAGAUGAAGAAGAUGACAAUGAUGAAGAUGAGGAGGAGGACGAUGUUAAAAAGGGAGAAGAAGAUAUCAGUGAUAUGAAUAUUAGUAAAGAAACAGAUGAUCAGAUAGAAAAGGAAACCAAGAAAGAAAUUAAACAAGGAGAGAACGUUGAAGAAGAAAAUAGACUGGGUAUUAAAAAUGAAAAAGAAAAAUAUGAAUGUGAUUUUAAAACAGAAGAGCAAGAUAUCAAGGACGAGCCAGAAAGACAAAAUCAUGACGGAGGCGUUGAAAUAAAAGAUGAAGAUGAUAAAAAGGAUGAUGAACCAGCAGAAGAAAAUAAGGUUAAGGAAGAGCUGAAGAAUGAAAACAUGGACGUGCCAAUGGACACAGAAAAUAGCAACAACAAUUCUGAGGAGACUAAAUUGAAGGGUAAUACAAAUGAAAACAGCAACAGUCGACCUUUGACCUUUCUGGGCCUGCCUCUACCUGAGGUCAACCCCAGGUGGCACCUUAUCUGUACAACCUAUGAGGACUGGGAUGCCCUUGCAGAGACUUUUAAGGAAAGCAAGGUGAAGUGUGAGCGCGACCUCUGUCGCUGUAUCACUCAAGACUUCCUUCCCGCCAUUCCUGACAUCAUGGAAGCCAGGGAGAAGGAGAGGAGGAAGAGACUGUUGGAGACUGCCCCUAAGAGAACCUCCUCGAGGAUCAGCUAUAAGAUGAAAGAAAAGGAGGAACAGGAAGCCAUUCUGGCAGAGGCAGAGGCUGAAGAAGAAAAGCAGAGAAAACUGGAGGAGGAAGAAAGGAGACAGAUACUAGAGUUAGAGAGAGAAGAAGAAGAAAAGCGCUUGAGGGAGGAACGACAGAAAAAUAGAGAAGAGAGAUCCAGGCGGCUUGAGCAGAGAGAACAAAGAGCACAGCUCAUAGCUGAGGGGAAAGAGAUCCCGCCUGAACUUCAGUAUACUGCUGUGGCCUACAACAGCAAAUACAGAGAGGACGAGGAACGCUCGGGACAAGUACCAGAGUUGGAUAUUGAAGAUAUUGAAGAAAUGGACAAAGUGUUUGAAGCAGUCAAAAACCAUAAAGAUGCCUGGCCAUUCAUGGAGCCUGUUGACGAAGAGGUUGCCCCGGGCUACCAUGACGUCAUCAAGAAACCUAUGGACUUGUCUCUUAUUGAGAGGAAGUUGAAAAACAGGACCUACAAAUCCAAGAAACGUUUCCUCAAGGACAUCAACGUUAUGUUAGAAAACUGUCGACACUUCAAUGGAGUGGAAAGUGACCUGGGGUUCAUGGCGAAUACGAUUCAGCGCUGUUUGAAAAAAGCUGUGCGCAUCCACAUGGACAAGGUCAAGGAUAACUACGAGGCGGACGAAGAGUUCCGCAUCGCACAGUCCGUAAGCACUGAGAAAAAAUACCGACCGCGGAGGGCAGCAAGCUCCCGAGCUAUGGACACCCUGCACCGUGCCAUGAAUUAUGAUGAUGACGACUAUGAACAGUUUGAUUCAGAUGAGGAUGACGAUUCCGACAGAAGUCAGAGCCCAAAGCCAUACAGAGACAAGAUUGUACGCCUGGAACCAUCCACAGCAACAACAAAAUCGUCUCGCUUAAUUCCUGAGUUAUCUCCCACUGUGGACGAGUUAGGUUGGAGCGGAGAGCCGAAAAGCAUCAAACAAAUCGACAAAGCUGGAAGACGUGAAUGGAACAUUGACGGCAAUGUAGUAUCGUUUAAUGGAAAGAAGUUGUUGUAUAACUUUAGCAAACAAAACCGACAGACUUCAGCAACGUCGCUUUCUCUAUUGGAUGCUAAGAAAUACUCUCCAUACACAAAUAAACAUGACGCAUCAUUCAGUUCAUCCACAGACAAGAAAGACAUCAAUGAUAUGAAUACUACCUAUCAUCAAGGACAGAAAUAUGUGUACCAGGUUAAAAGAUCGGCAAAACCAAAACAGACGGGGGAUUCUCUUUCACCUGUUAGAGGAUCUACCAAUUCUCUGUUGUACCAAAAUAGGCCUUUGUCCCCGAAAGGGUCAGGUGUUCCAAAUAGACAGAUAAAGCAGUUAGGCCCUGAGGGAGUGAUCAAGGUAAGGCAAUUAAACUUAGCCCCUGGAGGGCAGUUAAACGUGGCCCCUGGGGGAGUGCCAAAGGUGAAACAACUAUCUCCUAGUGGUCAGCCACAGAUGAUCGCAAAGCAUGGACAGAGUGGCGGGACAGUAAAGAUAGGAAUGCAACCUACAUCUCCAGGUAGUCCCAGGCUCCCGAUGGCCAUCAACAGUGUGUCACCUACAGGUCAGCGAAUAAUUAAGAUUGUGGCCGCCCCAGGACAGCAGCCCCUUCAGCCUGGUCAGGUAAUCAACCUGGCAGAACUUGGGCUUGGGGGGGGUGUCAAUAAAGCCAUGAAGGUUACUGGAAGUGUGCUGCAACUUAAAGGGCAGAAUACGGGCAUCCCGUUGUCAGGGAAGACUCGCAUUAUCUACCAGGGAAGGGUGUCAAAGAUGGCAGCCGAGCCCAACACCGGGACACCAGUUACACCACCUCAAUCUCAAGCACCUGUUGCUGAUAGUGAUCGUGUGAAUAAGACAGCACAGCAAACAAACGCAAUAAUUACUCUGGGUCCAUCUUCAGGGUUAUCUCCCUUGUCAACACAUAAUGUGAAACAAGCUGCUGGCAGGUCUUCAGAGCAGGACAGUAUUAACAAAUCUAUCGUGCAGUCAACUGAUACACAGAUUCCACAGGGAGUUAGUAAGUUAGUAACGACGCCGGAGAACAAAAGUUUCCUGGGUAAUUCUCCUGUCGGGACAGAACCUUCACUCAAAACAAGUGUUUUUGAUACUGCAUCUGUGAUAAGUGACAAAACCAGUGGUGAUAGUUCUCCCAACUCGGACCGAUCUUACUCCAGUGAUGAUGACAUACCAGAACUCUUUCCCAUGAAUCCUCCGCAGCAACCACCAAAAAAACGCAAACUCAUGGAAAGUUCCAGCGGUCCCUCUCUCUCACCGUCCAAAGUAUUCAUUCAAGGAGGCAGAUCCAGUCCCUCAAAUGUUCAUAGUAACAGUCCAUCAAAAUCUCCAGAGGCCAGCAAUUCUCCUAAAAUGUUGGCAGGAAGUUCCCCAAAAUUGGAAAGUCCUCCUAAAUUAUCAGCCCAGUCACUACUUGGUCCUCCUAAACUCACAUGUCCUCCCAAAAUACAGAGCCCGCCAAAGGCCUAUGGGCCUCCAAAAUUGACUCCAGUUCGACCACUGGAUAGUAGAACUGACAAGCUUUCGGAAUGGAAGCAAAAUACAAAUUGCAAAUUCCCACCUUAUAAAGCCCACCAGACCAAUGGGCCAGGUGAGAAUCGAAAGAGUGUUUUUGAUGCAUUUGACAUUGGGGAUUCUACCCUGAAGGACGCGAGUUCCGAUCUUUGUACCACAAAGCAGGAAACAAAUCCCGGAAAUCGUAGAAAGCUUAUAUGUGAUUCAAAUGAUAGAACAAAAGACAGUGUUCCCAUAGCUGCCACACUAAAUACAACAGAACAAGUUAGGACUUCUCCCGCGUGUGUACGUAAUACUAGUAGUGCAGAUUCUGACAAUGUUUCACAUGCUGUGGAAGAUAGAUUAUGUGAUCUAGGGUCGUCAGAAUCCAUCACGGACACUGGAAAGAGACCUCAUGAAUUUGAGUCGUUGGAAUCUAACUCGGACACUGGUAAGAGACUACGUGACCUUGGGUCGGAGUCUAACUCCGACACUGGUAAAAAGUCUCCUGAUAAGGGCAAUCUCUUUGACAAUUUUGCAACAUUUCUGCACACUGGACCUAAAACACCAUCUCAACCAACAUCUCUGUCGGUGGGUCGCAAUUUGUUUAACAGUCAGAAAAAAUCAUCAUCUUCAUCCCAAUCUUCAUCGUCAUCAUCAUCGUUUUCAUCAUCAUUUACUUCAUCAUCACAUUCGUCAGGUAGAUCUAUUUUUGACAGUAUUAGUCCUGCUACGAAUGCCUCCAAUCACAACAACACGCCAGCUGUGAAUAUUAGCCAAUCGGAGGUGUUGGGCGGGUCGAAGCCAAGUCUUACACAGAACAUGAUGGACAAGGUCUCGGCUUUCGCUGCUAACCUACACACAGGGUCCCUUGCCAGUCGUCUCGGAAACAUCUCCCCACCGAAGUCAUCGCCGGGGGCAACAAGCUUGCAUCAUCAGUCACUGAAUUCACAGGGAACAAGUAACAGAGAAUACCAGUCGAACACAGUGGUCCAUCAGUACCCAAUGAUGGGUUAUCAUCCCGGGGACCAGUACCCCGCCCCCCAGGGCAGCAUGUACCAACCCCACCAGGUUGUGUACCCGCCCACACCCCUGGGGUACUAUCAACGACCAACGGUUAUCACACCAACCAAUCCUAGCCAGCCUUAUAGGCAUGGACACUAUGACGCACAGUAUUACAACAUAGAUCCUGACCAACCAGGCCAAGGGAAUUCAUGAUGAAGUGAAAAUGUAGCCAAUCAGGAGGAUUGUACUAAAUCAUGAAUGAAACUAAAUAGCCAAUCAGAAUAACUCGGACAUCACUAACCAAUCACAAGCCUGUAAAGUUGGCUGUUAUGUUGCAAUAGCCUUUCAGAGUUUUGGAGGUGGAUCUUUAUAGACCAAACAAAGUCAUGAAGAACUUUGGCUCUGAGAGUGAGGCCAUAUAUGGACGCUAACAAAGAAUAGUUUUUAACAAUUUAUUUGAAAGAUUUUGUGAUGCGUGGAAAGGAUGGACUGAAUGAUACUUAUGAAUGGAAAAAUACUGAUAGACUGAAAAGACAAAUGUGGAGUGAAUAUUUCAUUAAGUUAAACGUUUUUUUUAUGGACAAUACACAUUGACAUUAUUUUAUGUUUAUGUGUAUAUGAACGAUGAAGUUGUGCAACGUACAAGAAAGUUUUGUACGAGUAGACUUUUUAAUAUUUCAUUUAAUGCAUGCAAGAAUUACAGACCAGACAAAAGUUAAAUCUGAAAAACUACAAAGUCAACCAAUUUAGUCUAAAAAUGUAUGGAAGCAGUGUAUGUUCGUUGUAUUAUAUCGGCAAACAUUUUAUUUAAAAACAAAAGUUUUUUUUGAGGUUAUCAGUUACCAAUUUUCAAUCAGCUACCUUACACAGUAAAUGUGUAAGUUGUUCAGGGGUUAUUUCCCUUACCCAAAUUAAAGUUGCUGUAGGUAUUUCAACUGUAUGCGAACACAAGAAUGUUAUCGGCAGAUAUUCUUAUGAAACUUUGGUUUUGUCUAAGUAUCCCCGUACCUCUGCCAAAAACAGUAAAAAUGCAUUUGAAACUUUUUUACAGCAUGACAAUAGCUGUGAUAAGUUAUUUUUGAAAAAAA